GGUGAUCAAUCUUCUUGUACGCUAAUCAACCUGUCUUUGCCUCUCUGUCCUUCUGUUUUUUUUCCAUUUAAUUAUUCCCACCUCUUCCUCUAUAAUUAUCCUCCUCUUCUCUCCCUCCCAAAGCCUACUCUCUCUCCAUCUCAUUCGUCGUUUAAACCUUUCGUUAAGUUCAACUGGCUUACUCUUUUGGAGUUUCAGUGACGAUGAGCAACAACAUUGCACAGUUUGGUGACACCACACUCACCAAAGUUUUCGUUGGAGGCCUGGCAUGGGAGACGCCUAAAGAAGCCAUGAGACAACACUUUGAGAAGUACGGUGAGAUCUUGGAAGCCGUCAUUAUCUCCGAUAAACUUACCGGCAGAUCCAAGGGCUAUGGAUUCGUUACGUUUAAAGAAGCUGAAUCAGCCAAGAAGGCCUGCGAGGACGCCACUCCCAUCAUCAAUGGCCGCCGCGCCAACUGCAACCUUGCCAUUCUCGGCGCUCGCAGCCCCCGUUCGGCUUCCGCCACCCCAACUAAACAAGGAUCAUACGUUGGACCGAGGUCCACGUCAGCUCCGCCGGCAAAUCAUGUGCAGUGGUACUACCCAGUUGGCACACCAGCAACGCCAUUUCAUCAUCAGCAUCAUCAACCAGCUCCUUUCUAUGGGUACUCUUCGACGUACAUUGCUACAGAUAUCAGUUACAAUCAAAGGUUGAGCUACGCCCGCGGGUCCUACAUGAACGGGCAUUACUCACAGGUGUAUCCGGGGGCAGCUAUCAUGGGCGGUAACACAUUGAUGCCAAUGUACCCUGUGUAUCAUUUCCCUCAAUCACAGACAAUGGGCGUACUGGCCCACAUCUUGCCACCGACUAGAGCAGGGCCCAUGACAAUGGGCCCUGCUAUGAUGUCAAAACCUGCGUCAAUUUCUGCAACUAAUACAGGUAGCGGUACAGCUGUCGCUGGGUAAUGAGAAGAAGGCGGCGGCGGCUAUCUCGUUGCUUCUAAUACUAAGGCUGUCAAGUGAAGACAAAAGGCUAUGUAUGCAAAUCUACUUAUCACUUAUUUAUCAUCAUCUUCAUUCUUAAGCUAAGAAUUCAAACAUCUCAGGCCCAUUAAGCAAUAGUCUCUGAAACUAUCAUGCUAGAAAAAAGUGCCUCAAAAUAUUCUCAAUGCAUUUUUAUAUCCGUUUAUUUCAAUCAACUUAGGGUGUAACUGAAUCUAAGACUCAAAACGAGUCAAGUUAAGUUUGAGUUUGUCAAACUUGUUUAAAA